ACGCACGGCCCUCACGUGACCGGGAGCUGCAGAGCUACGCAGCCUUCUGUGCAGUCGUCACUCGUGUCUGGCUACCAGCUCCCCGCUGCCCUGCGCUCGGCGGGCUGGCAUCCGGCCCGGGGGAAAGCGGAGCAGCCCGUCUGUAGGUCUGAGGGGCCAAGUGUCCCGGCGGCGCACCUCGCGGCGAGAAUCGGGAGAAGGAGGAGACUGCAAGGAUAGGCCCAGGAGUAAUGGAGUCCAAAGAGAAACGAGCAGUGAACAGUCUCAGCAUGGAAAAUGCCAACCAAGAAAAUGAAGAAAAGGAGCAAGUUGCUAAUAAAGGGGAGCCCUUGGCCCUCCCUUUGGAUGCUGGUGAAUACUGUGUGCCUAGAGGAAAUCGUAGGCGGUUCCGCGUUAGGCAGCCCAUCUUGCAGUAUAGAUGGGAUAUGAUGCAUAGGCUUGGAGAACCACAGGCAAGGAUGAGAGAAGAGAAUAUGGAAAGGAUUGGGGAGGAGGUGAGACAACUGAUGGAAAAGCUGAGGGAAAAGCAGUUGAGUCAUAGUCUGCGGGCAGUCAGCACUGACCCCCCUCACCAUGACCAUCACGAUGAGUUUUGCCUUAUGCCCUGAAUCCUGAUGGUUUCCCUAAAGUUAUUAGGGAGACAGACCCCUGCUUUCGAAUUUACAUGUUCAUGAUGUGCCCUUGUUGUAAACCCUUAUCUGUCACUUGUUUACGUGGGUCUCCUAUUACCAGCUUCUAAUUGAAUAUUGUGUUUUUGAAUCAGUCUGUAAGAUUUUUGUUAGCCGAAGAAUUUUACCUAUUGCAUGGAAAGAUGCUCAUUAUAUAUUGUGAAGUUAAUAAAGCACUUUUAAAAAGCAA